AUGUGCGCCAGCAUCCGGACCAUUGGCAUCGUCACCUGCAGCACGCGCUCGACCCGCGUCAACCCCUACAUCACGCAAUACAUCAGCAGCCUCCUCGGCGACGUCAUCCGCGACAUCCCCGCCCUGCGCGCCGCCACCCUCAGCGUCAUCGACCUCGAGGCGCAAAGUUUGCCGCUCCUCGACGAGCCCGGGGUGCCGUCCAAGCUCCCCGCCGCCGACCCGACGCCGCACUACCAGCACGCGCACACGCGGCGCUGGUCCGCCGUCGUCGCGCGCCACGACGCCUUUGUCUUUGUCACGCCCCAGUACAACUGGAGCGUGCCCGCGAGCCUCAAAAACGCCCUCGACUACCUGUACCACGAGUGGGCCGGCAAGCCCGCCGUCGUCGUGGCGUACGGCGGGCGCGGCGGCGGCAAGGCCGCGGCGCACCUGCAGCAGAUCCUCGCGGGCCUGCGCAUGCGCGUGGCCGCAACGGCCGUGACGCUGCCGGUGAGCGUCGAGGACGGCAAUCAGUGUCGGGAAGAGGGCGCGCUGGCCGAGGCGGUUGUCAAGCGCUGGGCAGAGGUGGGCGUGCCAGAGACGCUGCGGCUGGCGGCGGCGGAAAUGGUUUCCGAAAAGUAG